UUGGUCUGUUUCAUUGUUUGGCAUUUGAAGUUGAUACUUUCUAUAUAUAUAUAUAGCCUAAUUUUUCUUCACGUUAGAGCAAUUAAUGGAGAGAGUUAAGAGAACCGUGUCUGAAAGGCCAUUGGUGAUCUUCACUAGGAGCUCUUGCUGCAUAUCCCAUGCCAUCAUAACCCUCUUAAGCAACUUUGGCUCCAACCCAGCCAUUCCUGACCUCAAUCAAAUACAGAAAGGCCGAGAAAUGGAAAAGGCUCUACUGAGGCUCGGUUACGAUACUGUGCCGGUAGUGUUCAUUGGUAGUGAACUGGUGGGAGGAGUUAAUGAGGUCACUAGCGGUCAUGUCGAGGGUUCCCUAGUCCCAAUGCUUAGGCGGGCAGGAGCUAUAUUUGUUUGACGUUGUGCUUUGCAUUUCCAGCUAAUUAAUAAACCAUGUUUUAGUACUUUCGUUCUUAGGUGCCCUCAUAUAUAUAUAUAUAUAUAUAUAUAAAUAUAUAUAGAGCUAGCUUAGCCUUGGUUCUGAUGACAAUACAAUUGAAUAAUACAUACUAUACUGUUUUUUUUUUUUUUUUUGUAAUAUGAAGUAAUACAUAUAAUCUCCUGGAGAUUUAAGCUUACAAAUUGCACCCCUUUUUAAAACCUUCCGAAAAAAAAAAAAUAAAAUAAAAAAUGAGUUCAGCUUACAAUGAUUAUAUAUUCCCGUUUCCUUCACAGUACAAAAAAAUAGCACUUAUAUUUUGUAGAUAUAUUUAUAGUGUGUGUGCAUUUUUUGGGUUCAAAUGGCAG